AUGGGAAAUAAACCAUGGGAGUCGAAGUCAACCACAUUUUCUUCACAGAUAACGGAAAUAUGCCAUCAAAAGUUUAAAACUAUUGGCAAGAAUGGUAAACCAUUGGCUUUUCAAAGUAAUUUAGAGUGGACUGUACUCGCAGGCAUAGUUGCUUGCCAUUUGACAGGUAAUUAUUACAUCUUAUUUUUAUGUAGUGGGCUAAAAUGUCUUCCACAAAGUAAACUUUCCAAGACUGGUGAUUUAAUUCAUGAUAGCCAUGCUGAAACUUUUAUCAUAAAUGAAAUGAAACUAUUAUUAAACUCAGAAUCAAUAUAUCUUUGUUUGAAUGAUACGAAUUAUCCACCAUUUAGAUUAAGAAAUAAUAUUACUUUUCAUAUGUACAUAAGCCAAUCACCCUGUGGAGAUGCAUCAACAACAAGUAUAGCUUUGAAUCAGUCGCCAGAAGAUGCUGAAUUAUACAUUAAUUCAUAUAACAUCAAUAUCGAUUCUCAAAAUUAUGAUAUAAUGAAAAGAAACCAGACCUCUGAAUGUAAUGAUAAAAUUGAAGUUUCUAAGAUGAAAGAUGGAUUUCGGCGGGGUAGAGUUGAUUAUGGAUCUUUUGGGGUCUUGAGAACAAAACCAGGAAGGGUUGAUUCUGAACCAACUUUAUCAAUGUCUUGUAGUGAUAAAAUUGCUCAGUGGAAUGUUGUAGGAUUACAAUCAGCCUUGUUAUCUGAAUUAAUAUCACCAAUUUAUUUAUCAUCUAUUACUGUGGGUGAUAUGUUUUAUAUUGAAGAUUUGAAUAGAGCUUUAUAUGAAAGAAUACAGGGUUUAACAAACCUCCCUAAUGGAUAUUUCUUACACCGGCCUGUUAUAAUUCCUUCUUUAGUGAAAUUUGAAAGAUCAAGAGGUUAUCUAUCUGAACGUUUGCUAAAUAAAGAUUUGAUUCCAUCAAAUAUAGCGACAGUUUGGAUAAAAAAUUCUGAGUCAGCAGAGGUACUUGUGUCUGGGAGAAAGCAAGGAGCAAUUAAAUCCAAAACAACUGGCCUCUAUUUGUCUAAAACUAGUCAAUUUAUAGAGCAAGAAAAAACAUUUACAUAUAAGAUGUUCAAAUCCGCAAGUAAAAAUUAUCAAAUUGCUAAACAAGUAUUGAGAUCACAAAAAUUUCACGAAUGGAUAAAAUGUCCAAGUGAGAUUUAUGAAAAUUUUAAUCUAGAUGGAGAAUUAAUUGAGCAAAGGAUGGCAUAA